CACUUUUAUUUUUAAUUCCUUGGGAUCCACGGAAGAAAAAAAAAAUUAACUUGAAAGAGAAUAGUUUUCACUGGUGUGCAACUGCUGCUGUCGUCAUGUUCACUUUGACUUCUACUCCGACGGGCAAAUCGGCAAGUUAACAAGAUUAUUAAUUGGAUAGUGACUAGUGAGUGAGUAAAAAUGCGGAAUAAAUUAAGUGCAAGGGAUCGAGCAUUUCAGUAUAAGAAGGAGGGGUUUUACUGUACAGAUAAUAGCACGGUUAUGUGUAAGUUUUGCAACACGAAAGUUUCGUGGGAUCGAAAAGACACGAUUGAAAAACAUUUAAAGUCGGCAAAACACGUGGCGUCAUUAGCAGCAACAAAAGAAGAGACUACAAAACUACAAACAUCAGUUGCAUCAUGCUUUAAUAAAGUUGUCAAAGACAAAAAAUCGGCAGAUUAUCUUGGAAAACGUGUCACAGAAACAUUUGUAAAGGCUAACAUACCACUUGAGAAACUUAACAAUGAACACAUGGUGAACUUCAUGAAUGAAUUUAUUGAAGGAUCUGGCGCAUUGCCUUGUGUAAAGACUUUGCGAGAAAAGCACCUUCCCAGAUUAAAUAUGGAAAGGGAAGAAAACAUCAAGGAGAAGGUCAAAGGAAAGCACCUUGCGGUAUGCUGCGAUGAAACAACAGACAAACAAGGUCGGUGUGUUUUCGUUAUAAUCUUCAAGAUUAUAGAAGCCAGUCACCAAGUUGAAAUCGUAGUAGGUGAUGUCCACAUUCUUGAAACAGCUGAUGCAAAAAGUUGUUCAAGAGCUAUUCUUGAUUCUUUGAACAAAUAUAACAUUAGCUAUGACAGUGUCCUGGCCUUAGUAUCAGACUCAGCCCGAUACAUGGGGAAGUGUUUUGACACACUUACCAACUUGAUGUCGGACAAUGUUGUAGUGAUUCAGUGUUGGGCGCACAAACUCAAUCUGAUUUUGAAUGUUCUGGGAAAGCACCUUCCUGAACUUCAAAAUGCCACUUCCAAAAUCAAGAGUGCGUUCCUGAACACUCGAAAGAGAAAGCAUCUGUUCCGGCAAUUUCUGGAUGAUAAAUAUGAAGCUGGAAGGGUUCCACUGUUCCCAAUGCCAGUCCUCACGAGAUGGUCUUCGUGGUACGAGUCUGUAGCCUAUGUAUCCGACUACAUAGAAGCUAUUGUUGAGUUCAUGAAGAGUGACGACAUAGCAUCAGUUAGCAAUGUUGGAGUUCAGUAUUUGGCAAGUUUGUCACAGGAACAGGUCCUUAAUGUUAAGGUGCAGGCUGCCUUCAUCAAAGAAACAGCAAAGGGAAUUGUUGACUUGACGAAGUUGUUGGAAGGGUCGUCAUAUCCUUGUAGCAACAUUUUGUGUGGUAACCUAUGCAAAGUUGAGCAAGUUUUGCAGCUUGCUGAAGCAGGAAAUUUUGGCGAAGAAACAAGUUUAGCACUGCAGUCAUGUGGAAGAGAUGUUGCAAAAGCUCAGGUUAAAUCUGCCUUAGUAAAAGCUGCAUCACAUGGAUACACUAAGCUGCUAGCUUUAAUUUCAAGUGAUCCUGCAAGUCAUCUUUAUUCUGAACUGAGUGUUUUUGACCCUGCACAGAUUUUAAUUACGGAAGUAACAAAAGAUCUUGGUAAAAAAUUGAAGAAAAUGGCAUUGUUCAAGGACUGCGAUGAAAGUCAAUUGCUUCAAGGCUAUAAAGAGCUUCAGUUCUUGGUGAAGAAACAGUUAGGAGACAAAAGUGAUGCAUCACUGGAUUUGAUUGCAAUAUUAUUGUCUCUUUCUGUAAAUCAUCCAGAAUUUUCUAAGGGUGCUUUGAAAAGUGUAUGGUUGCCAUGUGCAAAUGCAGACUGCGAACGAUUUUUUUCUAAGUACAGUUCUGUUCUAAGUGACCAACGACAGCGCCUUAAUGCUGAAAAUGUAGCUAUUCUCAGUGAAAUCUAUUUUGAAGGUUGAACACUGUUUUAGUGUGUUAGUUGUAUGCCAUGUCUAUGUGUUUAGUGUUACAUAUGUAUUCAACUUUGCAGCUGUAAAUAUUAUGUAUUGUGUUUUAUGAUCUGUGACAAGCAGGAAACUGUGAAUUUUUUUGAUAGGAGCAUUACUAACAAAUAUAGAAGCUAAAAUUAUGUACAGAUAUUACGAUAAGUAAAUAAUAAUUUCCUCAUUGUAAAGGCUUUAAGAAUGUUUUUACAAGUAUCUCAGUAUCAAUAUAUAAUGUUCAUAUUAAUUUUGGGAAUCCACAAAAAAAUCACAUUGGUGAAAACACCGAAAUGAAAACACCGCUUUUAAGAAUUCAAACCACCGCUUUUUGCACUUUCAAAACGACGACAUUUUCCAGUCCCUAUUUAUAACUAAUAUUUCUUUUCUUGAAAUCCAUUUUUGGUAGGUAAUUGUAUCAUCCUUUUCAAACUCACCAUAUGUUAUUUGCUUGUUCUUGCAGUUUUCACACACUCUUUCAAGGCAAACAUCUAUCAUUAAACUGUCACAGCAGAGAUUCAUACAAAGACUAUCUGCACAUUUAUCUGUAAUAAUCUUUGAAUGUUUUAACUUUGAAAACAUUAAGCGAAUGUUCUCAUGGAGAGUACAAAGGCAAGUAUCUCUUUCGCUCACCUUAGGUGCAACAAACCAAAAUGGUCUGCCCCUACAGAAUGUAGUGUAGCUUAUGAAAUAAGUCUGGUUUUGACUACAAAAGGUUUUGUAAAGAUUUCUGAGAGUCAUUCAAAUAGCGCUUUUGGUUUUUGCACCCUUUUCUUGUGAUAGUAUCUCUCUUACCUGGACAAAGUCUGCUUGACUCAUCUUUCUCUAGGAAAGCCUGUAUAUCAGUUUUAAUCUUGAGACAUUCUAUCAAACGCUUAGUGUUUCUUCCUGAUGAACAUUUUCGCAAAACCUUGUAGGUCACAACGUUCUUUAAGUACUUCAUACAUCUGUAUUUUUUCAAUACUUUACCAGCGACAUGCCGGACAAAUGAAUUUUUCACACUUCCAGGAUGUUUACUUUCCUUAAUAUUUUCUUUCACUUGGGCUACGAUAGCUUCACCGAAGACAAGUCUCUUUCGUACAUCUUCUGAUACAUUCUGUCCCCUCAUUAAUGUUUUCACAUUACUUCUUGGAGCAUCCUUUGCCAUUUUUUCUUUAUUACAUCUGUAGUAUUUACACCUGUAAGAAUUAUAUUUCAUUUUGUAUUGUUCUAGUUUCUUUGUUUUUUGCACCCUUUUCUUGUGAUAGUAUCGCUCUUACCUGGACAAAGUCUGGUUGACUCAUCUUUCUCUAGGAAAGCCUGUAUAUCAGUUUUAAUCUUGAGACAUUCUAUCAAACGCUUAGUGUUUCUUCCUGAUGAACAUUUUCGCAAAACCUUGUAGGUCACAACGUUCUUUAAGUACUUCAUACAUUUGUAUUUUUUCAAUACUUUACCAGCGACAUGCCGGACAAAUGAAUUUUUCACACUUCCAGGAUGUUUACUUUUCUUAAUAUUUUCUUUCACUUGGGCUACGAUAGCUUCACCGAAGACAAGUCUCUUUCGUACAUCUUCUGAUACAUUCUGUCCCCUCAUUAAUGUUUUCACAUUACUUCUUGGAGAAUCCUUUGCCAUUUUUUCUUUAUUACAUCUGUAGUAUUUACACCUGUAAGAAUUAUAUUUCAUUUUGUAUUGUUCUAGUUUCUUUAUCUUCCUGUACCCUUCGCCCUGUCUUUUCUGACUUUUUUCCGACCUGAAGACUUGCAUUUGUCCGAAGAAUUUGGUGUACGUAUACUGGGCCCAGGAACACAUGCGCCAUCUCCUGAACCUUCAGGAAUGUCUGGAUUUGGGCUUUCUGGUGGGCUGUUUGACUGUAAAUAUGAAUCAAAUUUGUUACUUGCCUCACAUUUUUUCCUAUACUUAGCAGCAGCUACUCUCCAGGUUUUCCGUAUUUUUCGCUUCUGUCAUGGAUCUGAUACUUGCUCAAUACCUUUUAUUUUACCUUUGUCUUUUCUUUUGUGAUACCGUGCUCUCUCCUUCUCUUUAGCCUCUCUGUAAAGAUCUGGGUCAUUCCUUAUUCUAUUUUUGCAUCUCCUCUCAGCGUCUUUCUUUUUCGCUCGUUCUUGCAUUGCUUUCUCCGACAGCUUUUUAUUUCCUUUCGCCAUUUCACCCUGCAAUAUUAUUUUAUGUUUGUAAUGGUGCUAUUAUUCUAUAAAUUUAUACUAUGUAAAAAUAUUAUGUAGGUAGGUAAUACAUUUUAUUAUAAGGCCCUUGUUCAUAAUCUGUAAAAUGAAUAAUACAAAAAUGUUUUCAGUAGGCCUAUGCGAAAACCAAUUAUAAAAUAUAAUAAAUCUAUUACCUAUGUAUAAACAAACUCUUUGCAUAAUCAUUACAGUAUGUUAAUGAAAAAGAACAUCUGAAAUCAACUCCAUGGUUUUUGGAUCAACUCCAUGGUAUUAAGUAUGCCAUGGAGUUGAUGAAUUUUUGCAAACACAUUUUCAAGAUAUAUUAGACUUGAGGUUAGGAUGAAAAUAUUUAUUAGUAAGUAUGUUUACAUGGUCUUUUAAUAAUUAGUCAUGAUAACAAUAAAAAUAUAAUUUUUUAAAUUAUAUUUCAUAUCCAUGGAGUUGAUGGAUAGUAAAUGUACUCACCUAAUUAUUAGCAAUGUAAGCCACAGAACUCAUCACACAACCAUAACAACCAACUAGUUCUUUGUUACUAACAACAAGAUGGCUGCUUCUUUCCCUUGUCACCAAGAGCUAAAUCACAGGCAUGCUCUCUGCAGAGAUUUUGGUGAAUUAACAUUUUGCCAUGGAGUUGAUGUUGAAUCUUGGGUCACAACUUUGAUAUGUGAUUAAAUGUAUUUGUAGCUAUGGAAUAUUGUAAAAAAAACAGUGGUACUUACUUACUUACUUGUAUUUAUGAUAUGAGGUCAACAUUAUAAAUUAACUUAAAGCUUUAAAAUCUGGUAGGAAAAAGUGGAUCUUCCCGAUAUAAUGUGCUGUGAUCACGACAUGGAGUUGACUAUUUGAGAAGUUGAAAUACAGUUUCAAAAAACUACAUCUUUAUUAAUCAUUAUUAUUUAUGGUCUUACAAGUACACAUGGUUUAAUAUAUAAAAUAUAUAAGUACAUCAUAACAUUAAUAUUUUAAAGGAUUGUUUUGGCUUGGUCAGCAAAGUGUCCCUUUUCGUGAUAAAGACCCAUAUGCUGAAGAUAAGAACACAAGACUUUCUGGUGGCAGAGGCAGCAGCGAAGGCUAAGAUAGCAGAAUUGCCGUCAGCAGCAGUGUUGGCACCAAAAUAAUGUACAUAUGGGUUAUUCUCUGAAAGAAAAGAUAGAAAAUCAAAAGGAAAAUGUUUCUUCUAGAAAAUAUAUAAACUGAAGCAAACAA